AUGUCCAUCGCUGAGAUACUCCCCCAGGGCGAGUACUCCCUCGUCCACGUACGAAGCCGUGCGUUCCAGACGAAACCACUAGCAAUGUCAGCACAUCACCCCAAAACACUCAAGGCAAAGCAUUUCUUCCUUCUCGUUGAGUCCUCGUCCCGGUGUCCCGUUCUCGCCUUAGAAAUCUACGUGUACUUGACUUUUGAAAAUGACAGCCUCAAACAACACAUCUUCGUGCCUAAAGCAGACACUUCUGGGCUAGGCGACCGCCGUAUCAAUGUGGCAGCCGUAGUCCAAGUCCUACUUGACCGAAUCAUACAAACCAACCCUGGCUCGUACCUUCUGGAACCAGUGGCAUGGAGAAAAGACGAAACAGAAAAGGAAAAAACACAAACGUCUUCGCCAUACCCUACAGUGAAUAUCUUACAAACCAUCGCUGCCAAACUCAAGGCAGACCCUACCGCGCUUGAAAAACUACCCUACUACGGCAAGGCCCACCAUACAACAGCACCAGACACUGCACCUCCUGCUGCCACUGCAACCACCAAAGUGUCCCUUUUCACACGUUCCGCCAACGCAUACAUUUUCCCCAACCUGGAACUCAAUUCAGGAAAACACCCUCCACCAGGCACGCCGGUUUCGCAUAAACAGUAUAAGAAAAUCGUGGAUUUCGUGAAAGGCGAAGACUACAAUGCCAAAACAGACAUUCAGGCGAUGACAGAGUCGGGGCUUCCUGAAGUGUUUAGCCAGUGUGGAGUGGAAUAUGAGCCUUUGAAGAUCGCCCAGGUGAAUACCUUAACUGCAAGAAAGAGGCCGGCAGUGAAUAACUUGACUGGGUUGGUCAGAAAGGCUCCUAAGGCGCCAUAG